CUUUCUAUGUGUAAUGACCAUUGCUGGCCUGGUUAUCAGAAGAAAAAGAAGGAAGGGGUAAAGUUUUGCUGCUAUGAUUGUGCUCCAUGCCCUGAAGGGAAGAUUUCAAAGCAGACUGAUAUGGACAACUGUUUCACAUGCCCAGAAUAUCAAUAUCCAAACAAAAAUAAAAAUGAGUGCAUCCCUAAAGUUAUAACCUUCCUCUCAUAUGAAGAACCAAUAGGGGUCACGUUAGCCUCACUUGUGGUUUGUUUUUCUCUUACCACAGCCUUGAUACUACAAAUUUUUAUUAAGCACAGAGACACCCCCAUAGUGAAAGCCAACAACCGGGGACUCACCUACACUCUCCUCAUCUCCCUCCUGCUCUGCUUCCUCUCAUCUUUGCUUUUCCUUGGCCAGCCUGGGAAAGUGACCUGCCUUCUCCGACAAUCUGCUUUUGGCAUCAUCUUCUCCAUGGCGGUUUCUUGUGUGUUGGCCAAAACCACCAUAGUUUCUCUUGCAUUUAUGGCCACAAAGCCUAGAUCUAGGAUGCAGAAAUGGGUGGGGAAAAGACUAAUCUAUUCAAUUGUCCUUUCCUGCACCUCCAUUCAAGCGAGUAUUUGCACCUUGUGGCUGGCAACCUCUCCGCCAUUCCCAGAUUUAGAUAUGCAGUCAGUAACUGAAGAAAUCAUUGUUCAAUGUAAUGAAGGGUCUGCUGCCAUGUUUUAUUGUGUCCUUGGUUACUUAGGCCUUUUGGCCAUUGCCAGUUUCCUUGUGGCAUUCCUUGCCCGCAAGUUACCAGACAGUUUUAAUGAAGCCAAGUUCAUCACCUUCAGCAUGCUAGCAUUUUGCAGCGUAUGGCUCUCCUUUGUUCCAACCUACCUGAGCACCCGAGGAAAAUACAUGGUGGCUGUGGAGAUCUUCUCAAUAUUGGCUUCCAGUUCUGGGUUGCUGGGUUGCAUCUUUUCCCCUAAAUGCUACAUCAUUGUGAUGAGGCCUGAACUAAACAGCAGGGAAAAACUAAUAAGAAGAAAGUGUUAA